GUUGUGUUAUUAUUAUGCGGUUUGAAUACACACAAGCUUCCACUCAGUGGAAUCCUUUCUCUUACACGAUUCUUCUUUUGGGCUGGCUUUGAUUCUCGUGUUUCAGUUCACACUCGGUGCACAUUUCUGUAAUGAAGGAAGAGCAAAUACAGCACGUGAAGAAAUGGUUCUUGUGCCAGCACUCUGGAACUGGGGGCAAAAGGUACAAAACAAGGAAGACAGGAUGCCAAGCUGGAAUGCAUGUUACCAUAAAAAAAGUACUUAACAUUCCCUCUAAAAGCAAAGAUGAGUACAUGCCCAAGCUUCCAACAAAAAUUAUCGUGCACUGGAACCACAACCAUCCUGUAGAGGCUGCUUCACGUCCGACAUAUCGUGAUGUACAGCCAGAGGUUAAAGAACGCCUCAUGGAACUUUUCCGCAGUGGCCAUACACCCGGGACAGCUGUGAAUAUGUACAAAACUUUAAAAAGGGUGGAGCUCGGGGAAGAAAAGUAUCAGGCAGCCUUUGAAGAUGGAGCAUAUUUUCCCAGCUAUCAUUAUGCGUACAGAUUGUAUACCCAAGUGUAUAAGCCUAAAACUACAACUGAAGAUCUGCAACAUCCUUCCUCUCCUCCUUGCAAUGUGCCAACGUCAGAUACAGAAGAGAUCAAAGCUGUCGAUGCUGGUGAUGAGGCUGUGUCCCAUGUAAGGGAAGCCGCCUCACAAAGCACAUCCACAGACAGCUGUAUGGUAACAGAAGCAAAAGGAAAAUUGCAAGAGGUCCUUCAAAAACUGUCUCAAGAACUUGAUGCAAACCCCCAAUCAAUGAUACCUGCUGUGAACGAAUUUUGCACCACCUUCCACAACCUAUCAACGCAAACAGCACUUCUUAGCGCCUUGCACGCCUUUGGAAAAUACUCGGGUGUUCCUCUUGGUAAAAGAAAAAGGGCGAAAAAAAGAAAUGGAGCUCAACUUACUACUGAGUCAAAACAGAUGAAACGUCACGGAAAGUCUUUGACGACUGUGGGACCUACCAGUAAAGCUCCCUGUGUUGGAGAACAUGUGAACAAUGUUUUGAUACAGAAAUCAAGUGGUGAACUUUUAUCGGCCGUUUUUCUGAAAUGUAAGGAACCACUUUCUCUGUCAAAUUCUUUUGUGAACAAUGAAGUGCAAGCAAAUGAACCAAGCUACUGUUAUUAGGUCUUAAUUUUCUGGAUUUUCUUCAAAGAAAUGGAGACAAGUUUCUGUAUACCGUCCAGCCCCAUUUCCUCAGCUCUGGUACCCUAACACAAUGGCAAUAGCAUGAGGAUGGUGUUACAAAAGGUUUUCUUAAUUUUAUGGAAUAGAAUGGAGUUUAUAGUAUUAUGGCUGUAAAAGUUUGCUUUGUGCAAUUACUAUUACUCAGG